AUGGAUGAACGAUUGCUUGAUUUAGGUGUUCCGCUUGGGGUCCAAGUGCAAGGUGGGGACGAUGUUGCGAUCAGAGAGGACCCUCCUGGUUGUUGUGUCAUCGCAUUUGACGAGUACACUCCCUAUCUGUCCUUCGCGGACUUGUCAGCAGUACUUCCUUCCAUUGGACACCGCUACACCUCCCUCCUUAUAUUUGUCAAUUGUGGCGUUUGGGACCUUGAAGAAGAUGAAGCCCUUCAUUUAGGCACCCUGAUCCAGGCCCACCUUGGAAACCUGCAGCAUGCAACCUUUGAUGGAUAUUUUGACGUUGGCCCACGUACAAUUCUCGUUCAGCAUCUUCCUCGACAGCUUCUCAGUCUCGCCAUGAAAUCGUGCGACGUACAGCAGAUCACCGGUGCACUGGCUCACAUACCCAGCCAUUUGCCUGGAUUGAAAUCACUCACGUUGGAAGUCGUCGAUUACCAUUGUUAUAACGAAUCCGAUACAGCUGGUAUUAUUUCGUCACUGUCCCGUAGCAUCCAGCUGUUGCCAGAUUUGGAGUCUCUGUGCAUGGCAAGAGUUGAAUCCAUUGACUCGGGAGAGUGGAAUUUGGUAGUUGGUGCAAUCACUUGCCACGACAAAAUCAAGGUGGCAAGUUUUCGUCAACUCUAUUGUUUGGAUUCUGAUCGAAAAUCGAAUUUCUUCACUUUUGAUAAGGACUGA